UUUUAAGCAUAUGUGGGGUGUCUGAUUUGGUGGAAAGUUGAAAGAGGAGGGUAAAAUAACGAACUUGCUUACAAACUUCGUAUCACCCCAUUGGAUCGCACGCCUUUUCCCCGCAAAAUGAGGCUACCCAUCAUCAUGAUAUAUAUAAUCAUCUCCGCGAGCAUACGCUUUUAAAAUAAAAACAUCUCCUCUCUAUCCAUCAACAACACACUUACACACCAGAACAUACUCAAUGGCACCAAUCCGCGUCGGCUUCAUCGGCCUGUCGAAAACCGGCUGGGCACCAGGAGCCCACCUCCCGUAUCUCAAGGAAAGCGACAACUACCAAAUCGUAGCAAUCUGUAACUCCUCAGUCGAGAGCUCAAAAGCUGCUAUCGAGACAUACGGCCUUCCUACCAGUACAAAAGCCUACGCUGAUCCUGAAGAACUAGCGAAAGACAAAGAUAUCGACCUAGUAGUAUGCAGCGUCCGCGUCGACCGGCACUUCGCCACCAUCGCUCCGAGCCUGAAAGCCGGCAAAGACGUCGUCGUCGAGUGGCCUCUUGGCAAGAACCUCGCUGAAGCGAAAGAAUUGCUGAAACUUAAAAAUGAAGGUGGUGUCAAGAACGCAGUUGUUGAUCUGCAAGCCAGACAAGCGCCUGUUGUCAAUCAAGCCAAGAAAUUGAUCGAGAAGGGAGCGAUUGGGAAGAUGUUGAGUAGUACCUGGGCGGGACAAGCCGGCAGUGGGGGACCGACUAAUCCGGUGCAAUUUGCUUAUUUAGGGAAUAGGAAGGUGGGUGGUAAUAUUGUAACGAUUCAUUUUGGGCAUUCGGUUGAUUAUGUGCAAUAUGUGCUGGGUUAUGGCUUUGAAUCUCCUCCGAAGACGCUGUUAGCUAAUACACGCCCAAUUGUCAAAUUGGUCGACGGUGAGAAGGUGGUCGACGAAAAGUUUUCCAAGGACUCGGACGAUACCAUUUUCCUGGCCGGGACCCUCUCGUCUGGAAUCCCCCUUUCAAUGACUCUUCGAGGCGGUACACCCUUCAAAGGCACUCCUGGUCUGGACUGGAGGAUCUACGGCGAAACAGGAGAAAUCAGGAUAACUUCCUCUGGCCCUUUCCUCAACAUUGGGUACCCGGAUAUGAAGAUCCAAAUCCAUGAUUUCGAGAAGGAUACUGUUGAGGAUAUACCGCUAGAGCAAGAUGAGUUUGAUGAGGGAGGGAAGUAUGGGUUGCCGGCUAGGAAUGUGGCGAGGGUUUAUAAGGCGCUGGGCGAGGGGAAGAACAAUUGUAGUUUUGAAGAUGCGGUGGAGAGGCAUGCGUUGUUGGACGGGAUGUAUAGGGAGAAUGGGAUUGAUGCUUGAAAGAUAGGGGAUUUGGGGACGCAUUUAGGGAAACAAACAGUAUGAAAAAUGAAAUCUGAUUGGCUAUUUUACUAUACUGCUUUCGAGAUGGCCCCGUAUACGCUUCUGAUGUUCAAAAUAACCAGAGAAUGAUGCGAGGAGGUGGCUGGUGGCUCACGAGGGAUUUUAUCGUUUGGAAGUUGGGAGGCAUUCGUGUGGAGAAAGUUCACUUAGACGUCCCAAUGUCUUCACAUGAUAAUAAGGCAAUAUUGC